GUAUAACUUUUACUUAGCAAGUCAAGAGCUGCGUUUGGAAUUGACCUGGAUGGCCGACUUCGUUUCUGCCGUUGGGUUUGAUUGAGGGCCCACCUUCCGCAUCCGGCUCUCACAUUGAGGGAGAGUCGGUGUGCAAGUGAGGCAGCUCCGUCGUCGCGAUUCUCACGUGAUCGCGGUUUAUGUGGCCUUAGGUUUAUCGGGGGCAAAGCUACGACCCCUAGUGGGCUACGUGUGCCGCGCAGCCUCACGGGUGCGUGUCUUAACUAAGCGUGUUCCUUGGACCAUCGCUGUAGUUAUGCUAGCAGAGAAUACUCGCUUAACUUUUAUUCUCUAUUGUUUUUUUAUAUAUUUUUUCGUUAGCAGUGUUGUUUAUUAUUCAUUUUUCUUCUGGAAUUCUAUUUGCUUUAAUUUCUAUGCUUUCUUGAAGUUUUUGAUUUGGUGCUUUUCUUUUUUUUAUAAGUAUCUCCUUUUUCUAUAUUUUUUUGCUAUUCGCUCUUUUUGUAUUUUUUUUUAG